AUGUCCCACAUAAUACCCAAUCACAUUCUGAGGGUGGGUCAGAGUACCUGCCUGGGCUCCGCUCAUGAGGCGGCUCUGGGGUGCAGUCCGAGCGCCAUGAUGGACCCCAACGGGAGUUGCAGUGAACAGGACGACCUGGACAUCUCCCUAGAUAACCUGAACCAGCUCAUUCUGGAACUGGACCCCACGUUUGAGCCCAUGCACUUCAACAAGAGGUCCCAGUCCAGCAGCCUUCACACAGAUGACUUCUCUCCAGAUGAAGACGUCUCCAACUGUGUGCUGGUCCCCAGAAGCUGUUCUCCAAGGAACAUCUCCACCUCCUUCUCCUCCGUCUCCCCCUCCUGCAGCAUUCCCAUCCCACUGUCCUCUGCUUCUGGCUCCAGGUGCAGCCCCCAAAGCUCCCUGGUGUUCUCUGAUGCCUCCUCUCGCCCCCCACUGCCGUGUGGAAGUGUCGUUCGCCGGCGGCUGCCCUCAAUGCAGGGAGGCGAUGUGGGCAUGUGUUCAUCCCCGGUUACCCUGCGCAUGUCACACUCUCACAGGAACAGUGCCGUCUCGAUGCUCUCCACGUCGCCCGGCUCAGAAACCAGUUACAUGAUGGGCAGCUAUCAGUCAUUGCUCAGUGACAGUGAAGGCGACAGCCCCGAGUCUGUCCUCCUCUACCGCACAUCCAGCUCCUUCAGCGACGUGUCCAGGUCCUCGACCAGGCCGUUCACCAACAAGCCUUUGCCGACCGGCCCAUCACCACUCGGCCACUUCCAGGGGAUCCACAGCAGCCCUCACAGCAGCCCUGCCUCCCUGGCCGGUUCACUGACAGACAUCCCUGUGGUGUUGGUCAACGGAGCUCCAGAGCGGGAGCUCAGCCCCCAGUCACCUCCAGAGGCAAUGGUCCCAGGCGUACAGAUCAAGCAGAGGCACAGCUCCAGGCCAUCCUCGCCAUCUCCCUCUCACUCUUUCCAAGGCCAUUUCCAAGGCAACCAGCACUCCAUGAAGUUUGUCAUGGACACUUCUCAGUUCUGGUUCCGCCCACACAUCAACAGAGUUCAGGCUGAGGCCAUAGUGAUAGAUAAGGAGCCGGGGACCUUCGUGGUGAGAGACAGCACGUCCUUCAGAGGCUCCUUCGGGCUGGCUAUGAAGGUGGACCAGGUGCCCAUCAAUAUAUCCCCUACUGGCCAACCAGUGGAGGGCAGCUCAGAGCUCGUGAGGCACUUUCUCAUUGAAUCGUCGGCCAAGGGCGUCCGUAUCAAGGGCUCCUCACAGGAACCAUACUUCGGUAGUCUGUCUGCCCUGGUCUUCCAACACACCAUCACUGCAUAUGCCCUACCCUGCAAACUUCUGCUCCAAUCACAUGAUCUGAACAAAGGACAGGAGGGAACAACUGACAGGUCAGCACCAGAAGACAAGACCAAGACUGCUUGCAAUUUCCUCUACCUGAGUGCUAUCCCCACUGAGAUGUUGACAGGGCCGUGUGCUGUACAAAAGGCUGUGUCCUCCACCUUCACGAUGGCCCAGGGCACCAUCACACCCACCAUAGUCAACCUGAAGGUGUCACCCAAAGGUGUCACUUUGACAGACAUCCAGAGAAAACUUUUCUUCAGACGUCAUUACCCUGCACACCUGCUCAGCUACAGUGGUGAAGAUCCAGACAAGAGACUGUGA